AUGCCGCUGAUCGUGGAGUUCGGCUACACCCACGUCACCAGCUCGGUGACACGGUACCGGACCAUCCUGAUCUCCAACAUCACCAACAUCCUCGCGAAGUGGUCUCUGGCGCAUGUGGGCCGCAAGCGGAAACCCACACCCAUCAUCGGCGUCACGCUCCCCGAAGAGGAAGAGUUCCGGGCACUGGACGACAAGGAUGCCUUUGAGUUUGAGAUCAGCGCGGGCGAGCUCCCAGGACCUUCGAAGGAUGGCUUGGUGCCUGAUUCAGAGGAGCGCGUGCCCCACUGGUGUGCCAAGAGCUCGGCCGUGCCACGAGCACUGCCCUUCCCAGAUGAGGAGUGGUUCGAGCCGCAGCAGGUGAAGAUCGCCUUCCGGCCAAAGAAGAACGAGCUGUACAAGUGCCGUUUCCGUGUGCAAGUGGAGAACGGCUUAAGCGUGGACUUCAUUUGUCGUGGUUGUGGGAGCUACGACGAAGAAGACGACAGCUUGGAUUUCCAUGAGGCGUAG